AUGCUAUACCCAGCGAGUCAAACAUGGUGUGUCCUGAGAAAAUGCAGUUCGCACCGCUCACACCCCAUCAGCACGGACCAUUGGCAGCAUGAGCAUGCGCACACCAUUAUCCACUCCCCGCUGGAGCCUGAGUCGGCGGUACACAAUCCCUAUUCAUCUUCGGAGCAUCCUCGCAAGUUUUCGCAAGCCACGCGCGAUGUCGCAUUCGGCAGUAUAGCAGGAAUGUUCGCCAAGCUGUUCGAACACCCCUUCGAUCUGGUCAAAGUACGCUUGCAGACGCAGCAGGUUGCCCCUGCACCAUCCUCCACCUCUCCCCCUCUUGCGGCCACGCCCCACUACCGUGGCGCACUACACUGCUUCAGCUCGACGUACGCAAACGAAGGUGUCCGCGGUCUCUACCGCGGGCUCAGUAUGCCCGUCCUCGGCGCCGUAGCGGAGAACGCCACACUCUUUUUCACGUACAAUGCCAUCCUACGUCUACUCGCGGCGCACACCCUGGCUCCCCUUGGUGCGACAGAGGGGAAAGCUGCAAGCGCCAAGCCGGAGGAUAUGAACGUCAGUCAGCUUGCGAUCGCAGCGGCGGGCGCGGGCGCUGUGACCAGUCUCGUCCUCACGCCCGUCGAGCUAAUCAAAUGUCGCAUGCAGGUGCAGAUGAUCUCCGCUUCUGCAAUAAGCUCAUCAGCAGCAGCAGCAUCGGCAUCUCUCCCUGUGACUGCUGCACCUGCACAAAUUAAGAGGUUAAAUCCGACGAACCUACAAGGCCCUCUCGAGAUCCUCACUUCGACAAUACGAACCGAGGGUGUCCGGGGCCUGUGGCUCGGCCAGACCGGCACGCUGCUGCGCGAGACAGGUGGCGGUAUUGCGUGGUUCCUGACGUUCGAGCUCGUCACCAGGCGUAUGGUCGAGGGAAUACGCGCCGCGCUGGCCAAGAAGGAUCUAUCCAGCUUGCAGCUCAUCACGGCCGGAGCGCUCGCAGGUAUCAGUUACAACCUCGUUCUUUUCCCAGCGGAUAGCGUCAAAUCGACCAUGCAGACCGAGAAGGAAUUGGGACAUUCUGCACGUGGCACCACUUCUGGGAAGGAAGGGAGGACAUCAUUCAUGAACACAUUCCGCAAGAUAUACAAUACAAAGGGAGUCAAGGGACUCUAUGCCGGCUGCGGAAUCACGUGUCUGCGUAGUGCGCCAAGCAGCGCUUUGAUCUUGUGA